CAAGCUGCAACAUCCUGUAAUGAAAUUUAACAUUUGAGUGUGUUUGAGAGAACAGUAAUACGAUUGGAACACGUAGACGCCGCUGACUGUGUUUUGUUAGAUAAAUAAACAUCAUUACAUGUUAGUCGACAGGCUUCAGUGAAAACUGUCUUGAAAAAUAAGAAUCUGAGGAACCACGAAGAUGUCAACAACAGAAAGAAACAAGAACCCAAACAGCACGGAGUCGUGGGGAGGCUUCGAGGACAACCCGAUUCAAGGAGGCGGCUCCGCGGUAAUCGACAUGGAGAACAUGGAUGACACCUCGGGGUCCAGUUUCGAGGACAUGGGGGACAUGCAUCAGCGAAUAAAAGAGGAAGAGGAGGUGUCGGAGGAGGCAGCAGCGACGGAGGAAGGGGAUGACGGAGAGUUCUUGGGCAUGAAGGGGGUCAAGGGGCAACUCGGCCGCCAGGUUGCCGAUGAGGUAUGGCAGGCUGGUAAGAGGCAGGCAUCAAAGGCUUUUAACCUGUAUGGCAACAUCGACAUCCUCAGACCCUACUUUGAUGUUGAGCCUAUCCAGGUCAGGAACAGGUUAUUGGAGUCUCUGAUACCUGUCCGAAUUAUUAACUUCCCACAGAAAAUUGCUGGAGAACUGUAUGGCCCGCUGAUGCUGGUUUUUACAUUGGUUGCCAUUCUCCUGCAUGGAAUGAAGACAUCUGGAACUGUCAUUAGAGAAGGCACAUUGAUGGGCACAGCCAUAGGCACCUGUUUUGGAUACUGGCUUGGCAUCUCCUCCUUCAUCUAUUUCCUGGCGUACUUGUGCAAUGCUCAGAUCACUAUGUUGCAGAUACUGUCACUUCUGGGUUAUGGUCUGUUCGGACACUGUGUUGUUCUCUUCGUGACCUACACUGUUCACUUCCAUUCUCUUUUCUACAUCCUGUGGUUGGUCGUUGGAGGACUCUCAACACUACGUAUGGUUGCUGCUCUGAUUUCCCGCACUGUGGGGCAUACACCACGUCUCAUCCUGUGCGCGACCCUCUCUGCUCUGCACAUGCUCUUUUUGCUUUACCUGCACUUUGCCUAUCAUAAGAUUGUUGAAGGUAUUUUGGACACCCUGGAAGGCCCCAAUGUGCCCCCGUUUCAGCGAAUUGCCCGUGACAUCCCUGAAGUUUCAGUGGCCUUGGUGAACACCACAGUAAAGACGAUCAGCGCCACUCUGCAGUCCUAUUAAUCAUGAAACGAACUCUGGAAACUACACAAUGAUUUACAGUCCAUCUUUGGCAAAGAGUUCCGUUCAUAACUGUUUUUGUUCCUGUUUCCAACCUUCUUACUAUUAUUUCAUGUUGUUUUAAUUGGGUAACCUAUUUUUGGUAAAGUCAUCAUCUUCUUUUUCAAAAGGCAAAGACCUCAUGUUAUGGUGUUUUAGUACAGUGUAAGAGGUCAAAAAACAAAAGAAAGUGUAAGCUAUUCCUAAAUUCAUCAGUCUUCGCUGCCCUGUGAUGUGCCACAGGUUGCUUAAUUCUCUCUGUUUCUGUAAUGUUUCACAUACACAUCGGUAUAGCUGCAACUGUUGAUCAGCCUGGUAGCUUUGCAUCAGAGCCUUACCCAGGGCUUGACAGUGGGUCAUUAGACAGCAAGAAAGACACAUAUUUGGUUGCUCGACAUGUGCAGAUAAUGUAAUCUUGCACCAUUCCCAGGUCAAUUAUGUCAUCUGAUUUUUUUUUUUUUUCUUCAAGUAUGUAAUAAUAAAAAAAAUCUUUAUGUAUUUUAAUCUGUUUUUAUCAAGCUGUAUUAUUGAACCAGGAUACAGUAGAUUGCUCAUGUAUUGAUCUGUAUUUUUCAAAAACGUUUGUAUUUUGUUUGGGGUUUGUUAUUAGACAAUUUCUUAGACAAACAAAAAAGUGGGUUUGUGGCAUCUAGGUCUAGAUCUAACGUCUUUUUAUGGCUUUGAUAUACAAAGAUCAAGUCAGUGUCACUUCUCAAUGCUUCCCAGCAUCUCCCAUUGAACUGCAGUGAAAGUGUAUUCAUUGGGACUGUGCUUUAUGGUGCAUUGAUCUACAGUCGCCUGUAGUUUAAUAUGGGUUCUCUGUGGAAUUGGGUCUUAGUUGGAUUGUACAUUAAUGUUCCUUAUCAUGGGUUUACUUUUUUCUUAUAUAUUAUAGUUAUUGUACAGAAAAUAAAAUAAAAUAUUCAAGAAGUUUGAAUACAAGUUUCUUUAUUG